AUGAGUAUCAUCAAGAACGUAGCCUUUGUCGGUGCAUCCGGCGCCCUUGGCCUACCAGUCCUCGACGUCCUAAUCAAAUCCAACAAAUUCAACAUCACCGUCCUCACCCGCGCAGCGUCCAAAUCCACCCCGGAACUCCCCACCUCCGUAACCAUCCUCCCCGUAGACUUCACCUCGGUUACAUCCCUCACCAGCGCCCUCCAGACCCAAAACAUCGACGCCGUAGUCUCCUGCGUCGGGGCCCCCGGCCUCCAAGGCCAAAGCCUCCUAAUCGACGCCGCAGUAGCCGCAGGCGUAAAACGCUUUCUCCCCUCCGAAUUCGGUUCUGAUCUCUCCAACCCGCUUGCUAAACCCCUCCCCGUAUUCGCCGACAAAAUAACCACCCAAGCCCAUCUCGAAGCUGCUGUUGCGAAAAAUCCUUCGUUGACAUAUACAUAUGUCCGCAACGGACCAUUUCUCGAUUGGGGACUCGAGCAUAAACUCCUGCUCGAUCUUAGCUCUGGAACAUCGACCAUCUACGAUGGAGGGGAUGUACUUUUUAGCACGACUACUUUGGAGACCAUCGGAAAAGCUGUCGUCGGCGUGCUCGAAAAAUUCGAAGAGACAAAGAACCGAGCCGUCUAUAUUCAAGAUAUCCAAAUCACGCAAAAUCGUCUCUUGGAGCUUGCAAAGAAGGUUGCGCCAGAGAAGAAGUGGGAGUCCGUCCAUGCGGAAACCGCUAAGAUUCUUGCGUCUUCGAACGAGAGGGCUGCAAGGGGGGAAUUCAACAUGGAGGUUAUAAUCGGGUAUAUCAUCGUCUCGGUUUUCGGGAAGGGAUAUGGUGGGAGAAUGGAGAAAACUGAUAAUGAAUUGUUAGGUUUGAAGGAAAAGACUGAUGCAGAUGUGGAGGCUAUUUUGAAGAAGUUAAUCAAGUAA